AGCGCAAACGCUCGACGCUUAAAGGUGCAAAAGUAUAAAUAGUGAACUGUUUGUUAAGUAUCGGAGUACUAUACCGAGAUAAUAAACCGCUGACGUAAAGGGUAAUUAAUUUGUCGAUACAUCUGGCAGGAAAAUGACCAGCUUUGCUGCAUUUCCUGACACAGAUGAGGGAGCAAAUAGCCACAACAUAUCAAUCCAGUCUGUAAACUUCAGUGAAAUGAACUCUUCAAUCUUUCCAGACGAUACAUCAAGAGAACCUUUUUACGAGUUUGUCCAUGCACUUUAUCUAUUUGUGAUCCCUCUGAUAUCUAUUCUUGGAAUCAUCGGCAACGUAUUAUCCAUCAAGGUUUUCCUGUGCUCCACAUUCAACAAACAGCCCUCUAGUAUCUAUCUCGCGGCGCUGUCUGUCUCUGACACGUGGUUUCUGGUUGCUUUGUUGAUGGGCUGGCUUGGAAGCUUUGACGGCACCAUCCAACAAACCGGGGCCUCGUGCAUGGUCUCCAUUUAUGUGACGUACGUGACGGGCUUCCUGUCCGUGUGGUACGUGGUGCUCAUCGUUAUUGACCGUUACAUUGUCGUCUGUCACCCGCUGCGGGGCCCGCGUCUCUGCUCCCGGAAACGAGUUGCAAUCGCCUCGAGUAUAAUUACGAGCUUCGCGGUUAUCUUUUAUACCCACUGUUUUCACACGACCGUCAUCGUUAAGAGAGCGUCAGGAAAUGGUGUUCAAUGUGUGGUUCAAAAGGACACCAUGUUUGCGCUGGAAAUUAUCACUUACAUUGAUUCUGUCAUGACGGUUGGUAUUCCGUUUCUGGCCAUAUUUAUACUUAACUGCAGUCUGAUUCUGGCUGUCAGAAAAUUCAACAAGAAACACGUUCGGUUCAGUGACAGAAAACUUUAUUCCUAUUCACCGCAGUACAGCAUUUUGACCAAGGCUCAGAUUCGAUUAACAAUUAUGCUGGUGGUGGUUUCGUCUGUGUUUCUAUUGCUUAACCUUCCAAGUCAUGCUAUCAGGUUGUACAUUAUGAUGAAGGGAUUCGCAAUGCAGCGCCAACAUCGUCUUAUCUUAUUCCUUUUACAACAAAUUUUCCAGAUCCUCUAUUACGCAAAUUUUGCUAUUAACUUUAUCUUGUAUAUGGUAUCAAGUAACUUAUUCCGUAAAUGUCUUAAAGAGACGCCAAAAUGCUGGGUUCUUCAGAAAUUGAGGUUGAAAAAGACUUUAUUAGAUAGAAGAAACAAAUACGGUUAAAGAAUCAGAAACCAAGUACAAAAUGGCUUUUAACUCAUCAAAAUAAAGAAACAACACGACACCAAAAUCUAAUAGUGAAAAAUCCAACAAUAUAUGAGAUUUGUAGCUUAUUGACUAUUGCACGAAUUGGCGGCAAGCUAAAACAUACAUGUUAAGUAAUUUAUUGCGAUAGACGUGGUUUCAAUGCAUAAACAAAUAUAUCAAAUGUUAUCGCUGUCAAAGGAAAUGAAAAAUCUAAAUCACAGGGAUUAACCCUAUUGGGAUUUCUCUUAAACAACCCAUUUAUUUUGUAACGAUAGCAUCAGACCUAGAUCAAUCGACCUAGAAUGCAUCUCGCCUACGCCACUUACAUUUAUACUACAGACAGU